AUGGCAUAUCUUCAUCUUGCGCAUACGUUGGCAGAUGCUUUUAACGCCCUUGCUGAUGAAGUUCAGACCUUGACAGAUCGAAAGACUGUCUUGGAGCACAAGUUACGCUUUGCUCAUGAACAGUUCCAAUAUCUGGCUGACAAAUAUGCUCCGGCCGCGCCUGAAAUAGCCGAUACCCUGGCAAAGCUCCAGAUACCUCCAAAUACACCUCUUGAUAAUUCAUUACCUGUUCCUCUACCUCUGCCAAGCUCGUACAGCUCCGGCUCCCAACAUCAGCUUGCCCUCGUCAUCCGUGACGGACGUCGAGUAGCUAAUCAGCUUGCCUCGCUUGGUGAAGCGAGUAAAACCACUGCCUCUAGCCGCGAGACUGAGUCGCAACUUUCCCACGUAGCCACCUCCAUGUCGACCGCGCUAGAACAAGACUUCACGGUCCAAGGAAAGAAGGGCCAUCUUCAAUGCCCGUUCUCCAAGCCCGCCACGGCCAGCGGCUCUGGGGCCCACGAUGAUGAUGCGCAGGACACCACUCCGCACCACUCGGCGGACCCCAUCUGCGCAGCCAUGUACGAAGAAUCUGCAUCUCAGCAAGCUCGCACAAAUGUGUCCUCAGCCAUCAAGUGUCCCAUCCGCUACAUGGAUAAGCACUCUGCACAGGAGAUCGCCCACUAUGUCGAGACGCAUAAGCAUGAACUCCCUCGCAGCCAUGAAGUUUGCCUCCGCCGGUACCAGCGUGACGAAGAUCAGAAGAAGAUAGAUUCUAAAUAUGGCGACAUCGUGAGCAUGAUUGAGGGCUUGGGCCAGUUGCAUGCACCAAUGUUGCCUGAAGCGGAGGACGAUCCGAACCGACCAAGUGAUGUCGCCCAGCCUUCCAACGAGAGAGUUGAGAACUGGGCACAAGCUGUUAGCGUAAACUCAGAUCCCGACCACACUCAGGUACCAACUCAGGAGGAUGGAGACCGACAAAGCCACUUCGAUCGACCACUCAAGGAGGUGCGAGUAGGGGAGUCCCCUAGUAGACCAUGGGGAAUAUCGAUUCCAGUCUAUGAGCUUUCGGGUCAGGGCGAUGAUCAGCCUAUGUCACCACCACCGGCGCCAGUUUGUAUGCCAGUCUCAGCUCAAACCACACCCAGCGCCCAAGAAUCCACCAAAAACAUGCCUGGCAAAUGCCCCUUCGACCACACAAAGCUGGCUGCUAUGGGCAUAUCUAUGCCGUCGAACCAUGAUGCAUCAUCAGUACACAUCUCGCACCAAGGACCGGAACAUCCCCAAUCUCUCUCGCCCACCAAGGAAGAAAACGGUCCUCCUCCACCACUCCAUCAACACACAACACCACCUCAGCCUACUUUCAUCAACCCCGACAUGAUCAAGGGGACAAGCAACGGACCACAGAUGAUUUUCACGGGGCCUGUAUUUAUUGGCUAUCCAAUGGAACAGGCGAUGCAGUUUAUGAACCAAUACAGAGGGAAUCAGUGA